AUGAGCGCUUGUAGGUGCAUCCUCACCUGCCCGACACUGACUCCAGACCCCGGCUACUAUCCCGUCCCUGCCCCGCAGUACAGGUCUGUCCUGUCGCCCGUGUUCCGCGGUAUCACCAUCGCGGCCGGCGUCAUUUGUGCCGGAUUGGCCUUGGGCUGGGGCUUGUUCGGUGUCAUCACAGAGAUCAUGUGGGACGUCGUGUACGGUGGCGAUAUGUACAAGAGCGCGUCCAACAUCCUCAGCAUCGUCUCAAGCUACAUCAUUUCCCUCGUGAUUAUACUGGUGAUCGCUCCUAUCGCUAUCACCGCGGCCGUGUUUGCCGGUCGGCGCAAGCCUAGCAAGCGCUGGAUGUGGAAGGCGACCUUGACGUUCACAAUCUUGAUCCCGAUCAUUAUCUUCUUCUUCCGAGGACUCACCUGGGGCUUAGCGUGUCGGGCGUAUGGUUGCCCAGGCAAUAUGGUGGGGAGGUCGAUGGGCAUCGCAGCCGGACAGUCGAUCGUGUGGAUCCUCUUCGGCGCCUUCUUCACCGUCUUCUUCAAGAAGAACCUGCCCGACACAUCCGCGCCCAUCGGCGCUCCAAUGCCCCAGCAGCCUCUCAUGGCCGCCCAAUACGCGUACGGUGUCCAGCCACAGGCGUACCCUGUCGCGUACCCGGGAUACGCGCCCCAACCUUACCCCGCCACCGCGGUCGCUACCCCGCAGGCAUACCCAUACCCGACCCCGAUCGGCCGCGGAGUCGAUGAGGACAAGGACAAUGGCAAGGAAACGCCGCAGACAGAGUACCCCACUGUCCCGUACGCGACAGGUGGACGAUAG